GCUCAGGCGGCGGAGCGGGCGGCCGCGGGCGCCGCCGCCUCCUCCUCCAUGGCUGUUUACCCGGCUGCAUUGUGGGAGUUUGACCUCCGCCGCCGCCAACCGUCGCCUCUGCUUGCGCCGCCGCCGCCGCCGCGCACGCCAUGGGAGCCGUGACUGACGAUUUACUAAAGAACACUGAUGAAAAUUUUCAAUACAGAAAAAAUGAAGAAAAACACCUCAAAAUGACCAACGAAGUCAUACGGAAGCGUCUCCUAAUCGAUGGAGAUGGUGCUGGAGAUGAUCGGAGAAUUAAUCUGCUGGUGAAAAGUUUCAUUAAAUGGUGCAACUCAGGAUCUCAGGAAGAGGGAUACAGCCAGUACCAACGUAUGCUGAGCACACUGUCCCAGUGUGAAUUUUCAAUGGGCAAAACUUUGCUGGUAUAUGAUAUGAAUCUCAGAGAAAUGGAAAAUUAUGAAAAAAUUUACAAAGAGAUAGAAUGUAGCAUUGCUGGAGCCCAUGAAAAAAUUGCUGAGUGCAAAAAGCAAAUUCUUCAAGCAAAACGAAUACGAAAAAAUCGGCAAGAAUAUGAUGCACUGGCAAAAGUGAUCCAGCAUCAUCCAGACAGGCAUGAGACAUUAAAAGAACUAGAGGCUCUGGGAAAAGAAUUAGAACAUCUUUCACAUAUUAAAGAAAGUGUUGAAGAUAAGCUGGAAUUGAGACGGAAACAGUUUCAUGUUCUUCUUAGUACCAUCCAUGAACUUCAGCAAACACUGGAAAAUGAUGAAAAGCUCUCAGAGGUAGAAGAAGCUCAAGAAGCAAGCAUGGAGACUGAUCCUAAACCAUAGACCAGUAAUCACUGUCCAUUCCCACGAGUGGUGAAGUAGCAAUGUGAUCUCAGUGUGCUUAGAAUUUGUUGUGCUCUUGAGAUAUGUAAAGUUUUGGCAAUGAACUAUUUUGCUUUUAAAUGUUAAUGCAGAGUUCAUUCAUAUUUCUUCACACAAAGGACGAUGACUUCAUUAUAUAUUUGCUUUUACUGAAAUGUCUUUUUUGUAUUUAAAAGGUGGGACGCAACAUCCAAAAUAAAUGUUGAAUAAAAUGUUUUUAAGUCAAA